UUAGGGUUGCCUGCCUUCGAAGCGGACGGUUUGAAAUUUGAUUGCUUCUACAUUUUCUCCAUUUAAGGACAAAUCUGUAACGGGAGUACUGAAAAGAAAUUGACCAUUUGGAAGGGAAGAAGAACUUUAUUUAAUAAUAACACUUCGGCCUAUUGGUUUAAGCAGCAAUGGAUACCUCAGACGACAGCCUGCGUUUCAGCGAGGACGACGUCCGCCGACAGUUGGGCAUGCUCGGCUACCACAACAUUCCCACUGCACAGCUGCAACAGUUUGCCAAAGAUUUGGAGCGAUUAAUCAAAGACGAAUCUGAAAGAGAAGGAUUGAUUGAUACAUCUGCCGCUUCUGACUUGGAUUACACAGCUGAAGAUCUGAGGCUGCCAGUCAGAAGUCAUCCAAUGCCCUACCCGUCAGCUGGAGGCAGACGGCCCAACUCAGCUCCCAGUGCAGCCAAGAGAUCGUACAAGCCAGUUGCAGCUGGGCAGCCAGUGAAACCAAAACCAAGUCAGACAGCCAAUUACCCGGCUAAGCACCCGGAGCCUUUCAGCUACAAAUAUGGUGACACGUCCACCGUGGGCCUGGACACAACGGAUGACAGCACCCAGGGCAGGGGGAGGCAGGGCAGGGGGGCGUCGGCCAACAAGAGACCCACAAUGAAGAGGAAAGUGGUCAGGAAGAUGAAUGGUCAGGCCCAGGUGUUUGACGAGUCCAUAACUGAAAGUGAAUCAGGAGAUGUACGUGACGUCGGUGAUCGCUUAUCCCGUUUGGCCUUGAGGCAAGAUGUCCGAGGCUCUGAUGAUGAGGAUGGAGACACUACGUUGACGGAGACUGACAGUGCCUCCAGCCUUUCGGAUCUCAUCUACACCUCAAGAAGGCCACACUCCUCCAGAGGACUGUACACUCACCGGCCUGCAGGAGAUGAAAACACAGUGUACAAACCCCAUCUACCAAGAUCAUUCAUAAGACCAGACUCUGCUCAGCCAAGGACAAAGCAUGACAUGAAGACGGAUCCAGUCUCGAGACAUCAGAUGUACAAGGCCGCAUGGAGCAGUCAUAGAGCGCCGGGCGAAAAGAACCGAAACGACCUCAGAUGGAGCAUCAGGGAGCAGAUGAUGUACAAGGACUCGGCGGCGUAUCCAAGGCGCACACCUCGGGCGUACUCCGCCAACAACUACGUGGUGCCCACAGACAAGAAGAGGCAAGCUUUGAGGUGGGCGGUCAGGACGAGUCUGGCACACAGGCAGAUGCCGCCAUCCACAUUCUAUUGAGAAGUACAUGCAGCAUAGUGUACAAAAAAAGAAAAGUACUAUUCGUCUUGCAUGUACAUGUAAUUCCCUGUUGUAAGUUUUGACCAAGUACUAAGUGAGAGAGGAAAAACAACGCAAAACGAAGCCUAGUAUGUUGCAUGGAACCUUACCGCUAGAUGGAAAAUGUACACUAGAAAAAAGAACCACUUCUACAUUAGGUGAAAAGUAUGCUUAGGAAUUACGACAACUGUCUUUGUGUGAGUGGUGGAGUUCGAUAUAUAUUCCCAGUGGGCUGAAAAUGGCAUUGCCAAGUUUUGGAAUGAAGUGUGCUGCACUCGUGAAGAGAAAUACAUUUCCCAUGUCUGGAUUUCACGGUUACAUGGGCUUCGCUUGACAAUGUAGAAAUCUUGGAUAACUGCACCGAACAUGAAUUUGAUAAGUUUGUAAAGCUGUCACUAUUCAACGUGGCUGGCCCCUUUUUACUAUAAAUUUUUGCGCCUUGCGUUAAAAACUGUAAACAUGUGGUGUUGGUUGGAAUAUGAGAUUGCCAAUACAUUGAUUUUUACAAAGAGCUCCAGUUGUAGUUUCAGUUUUAAUCAAUGUGUAAGAUAAAUUUGUACUUGAUUGACUGUAUCUGUAAAUAAAAUGGUAAUAUUCAUUAAUUACAUGUUUGUUUGUCAGAUACUGCCCUAAAAAGCUUGGUAUGACUGUUGGCGACUAAAACCACAAAUGCUGCAAAAAUUUCUUCCAAAACACACACACACAAAUUCUGAACCAAGGCGCAGAUACAAUUACAGCAUAAGGAACAAACAAAAUCAUUUUAUUGUGUUUUUUCUUCGAAACAAACCGUACGUAAACACAGUACUCAAGCAAUAAAUGAGGACAAAUUCAUCUUAAUUGUCGCAGAUCAUUCCAAUUCCCAUGGUUAAUCACCUUCUAUGCUCAAUCGGCCAAGGUCAAACCUGUAGAACUCAGUGUGGUGUCAAAUGGCAAAUUUGAUGGCAAUUUUCUUUCCUAAAUAUCACAUGUACGUUACACACAGAAUUGUCAUCCAUGUAGGUCACUUCCCCCCCCGCCACUCGUGACUAAAUCCAUGUGUAUAUUCCAACAUGCAGAUGAUACUGUAUGAAGUGUCAAGGAAAUGGGUGCAUAUCAUAAGUCCAAUGCAUCAUAAGUCUGAAUUUUUGGACAUACAAGCCGUCUGACUAAUUGACAGUUCGGGUCUAUAGGCCAAAAUAAACUAAUAAAGAAUCGUCGGACUUAUGAGGCGUCAGACGUAACAAGCUGACCCCAAGGCAUACGGUAUAUUACUGUACCACAUGCCAACAGAGGACUUGCAUGGUGUGCCCUCACUGAGGACAGGUCUUUGUUCCUGUGUGAUAUGCACAAGUAGACCCUCAGUACUUCCACAGUCAUAGAACUAAAGACAAAAAUUCCCUCUGUGAAGGCGCUCUUUGCAGUUUCUCUGUGUAAAUCAAAACAAGUAGUGAUAUCUGUGGAACCCAGGAUCAGCUGGCCAAGUAUUAUACAUGUAGUUUGAAUGAGUAGAUAGGACUGUUUGGGCAUAGCCUACAACAUAUAUUACAAGAAAUCUGUUACAUCUGAAAACAUGUAUACACUCAUAUUCCGACCCCCAUCAGUGAGGGCGCUUAGAAUAUCUAGCCACAAAGGCCUGGUUUCUAACAAUCUUCAAAUCAACAUACUUGUCAGGUUUUGACAAAAUGCCAGGCCUUGACUAAAGCUGGUUUUGUCCCUUUCUGUGUCCUGAAAGAAACCAGGGAUGUACCCCUCCUGAAGGUGAUAUCUGUGUUGAAGUCCCGAGGGAGAUGUUUAUUUCUUGGCAUGGCUGCUUGCACAGUUAAUGAAACGCCACAUGGUCAACUUGCAACAAUCUGUGCUCUCUU